AUGCAGGAGACAAUUUCAACACGACCGGUCCGAGGAGAAAAAUUCCGUGAGGGUCGUGAAGAAGCGGAGGAAAGGAGCCGAGAGGAGGAGAAAAAGAGUGAGAGGGGAGGAGAAGAAAGAGGAGAACGAAAAGAAGCCCAACUGGCGCCGAAGGAUGUGGAGUUCAGUUGCGAGAAAAGAAAAGUCUCGGGCUUGCGGGAAGUACUGGAGGAACAGUAUGACUGA